CACUAGUUUCUUUCAACCAAGCAAAAUCAACGGAACUAUAAUUGCGGUGUGCGGCGAACGAGAAGAGAAACCGAAAAGCAGCCAAUUUAUUCUUGUGCUUCGAUCCUGUUAACUCAUCAGUUUCCGAUUCUCUGAUCGCGCCUACAACUAUUUUUUUUGUUUAGUUUAGUGCAUCAAGUGCGAGAUUACACAGCAAAGCAACAACAAACGAAGCGACUGGCCAAAGCGGACGCGCAAAAUACUACAAAAAGGAAGGAAGAAAACGAAGUACGCAAAAAGGAGAAAAGCAAAGCAGAAGCAUUUACAACUACAGCAAUAUAGAGUGAUUACGCAUAUUUCCGACACAGAGCGUGAGCGAUCCCGCCAUCAUGAGCAAGAAGCCGACAGCCGGACCGGCGCUCCACAAGGUCAUCAUGGUGGGCAGUGGCGGCGUGGGAAAGUCCGCCCUCACACUGCAGUUCAUGUACGAUGAGUUCGUCGAGGACUACGAGCCCACCAAGGCCGAUAGCUAUAGGAAAAAGGUUGUGCUGGAUGGCGAGGAAGUACAAAUAGAUAUAUUGGAUACGGCUGGCCAGGAGGAUUAUGCCGCCAUCAGGGACAACUACUUUCGCAGCGGCGAGGGUUUCCUCUGCGUCUUCUCCAUUACAGACGACGAAAGCUUCCAGGCAACCCAGGAAUUCAGAGAACAGAUCUUGCGGGUGAAGAAUGACGAGAGCAUACCGUUCCUGCUGGUGGGCAACAAGUGCGAUCUGAAUGAUAAGCGCAAGGUGCCGCUGAGCGAGUGCCAGCUGAGGGCGCAGCAGUGGGCAGUGCCCUAUGUGGAGACCUCGGCUAAAACCCGCGAAAAUGUGGACAAGGUAUUUUUUGAUUUGAUGCGCGAAAUAAGAUCACGAAAAACCGAAGAUUCGAAAGCUACGAGCGGGCGUGCUAAAGAUAGAUGCAAGAAGCGGAGACUUAAGUGUACCCUCCUUUAGGCAUUAGGUGUUUUAUGAUCUAAUCAGGGAUAUUUCAUCGCGUAAAAAACAACGUCAGACGGACGUGAAACAGCCGCCGAAGCCCAACUCUCAUUGCUGCCAACUGCUGUAGGAUGAAGAACAAGAAGCGACAACAACCAUACGAUGAACAAGAAACAACUGCAGCAGCAACAACUUGGAACACAACAACGGCCACACGGAUAACACCAACACAGGAUCGAAGAUGGAUAGCAGAACGAUAUGUUAAUACAAGUUAAUUAACUUAGAGAACACCAGAACACACACAAACAAGCUACAGAUAUCAAAAUUAUUUGCCACACUCACACUCCGAACUCAAACACGUAAUCCAAGUUAACUUGCAUUGUAAUAUACAUAAAUAUAUGAUUUAGGCAACGAAUUUUCCCGAAAACAUCAAGAGAGAAGCACACAGACAGGCAGCUUACAAAUCCUGCCGUUUAUUUUUAGUUAUUUCUUUUGAAUCAUCGAUGUUUGUGUUGCCCCCGUACAAUAAAAUGUUAAAACUAAAACCUAAAGCUAAAGCUUAAACAUAUUAAAUAUAAUCAAUCUUAGACACCUAAAGAAACCCAUAAUAAUUAUGCAAUUUAAAACUUGCUACAUAUAUUUCUCUUGUUUAAUUAUAUAUACGCAUACAUUUUUUUGUAAUAUUUUAAAGUUUAAUAGCAAAUGCAAAACCACACAAACCAACAAGAAACCACACAGAAAAGCUUUUUAUAAAUAUAUCUAUAUAUAUAUUUAAAUAUAUAUAAAAUAGUUUAAAGUAUAAAACACUUCAAAUGCUAGCAAAGAAACAACAGAGGAAAAAGGAAACAAAAAAUAUCUCCAAUUAUUAAUUGUAAACAAAGUGAAUCGAAACAAAUUUUUAAUGCAAUUUUUGUAAUUUUCUAAACCGAAAGCAAAUAAGUAGGGAUUUAUAAACAACAAAAACAAACGAGAAAUGGUAAACUAACGUUUCUGACAAGCUUGGGAGACCUUUUUUUUCCUUGCCGUGAAACACAUCUAAUAUAUGUAUGUAUGUUUAGCAAUUACUCCCGAUUGAUUUGCUUCUUUGUUCACUUUUGUAAAACUGCAUUCUGUAUUGUAAUAUUUAAGCUAUUAUUAUUAUGAUAAUUAUUAUUAUUAAAUAUAUAAGUUAUAUAUGCAAUCAAAUGAUGGUUGGUUCAAGUUUUGUAUGAAGUAUAUUCCUAGUUUGCCCUCUGAAAAUUUGUGUAACACACACAAAAACUCGACCACAGUUAGAGCACUCAACCACCAUUUGUUUCUUUUCUUCUUACGAACACAUACGCGAAUAUCCGAAACAAAAUCAUACAGCCGCAUUUUUUUUUAUAAUAUAUACAUGCAUGUAUAUAAAUAUAAAAAUUACAACUACGAGAGUUAAAAAUGUCGAUUGAUGGAGUGUACGUUUAGCUUGACUCAGAAAUAAAACAAAAAAUAUAAAAACCAAA